CAGCAAGAGCGGGGACAAAAAUGCCUCUACUGUUGCAGAGAAGUAAAUGUUGCUGUGCACUGUUUGUGGGGUGCAUAUAUUUGAAUAUUACCUCUGUGUCAGGUUUCGAGAGUUGGACUUUUCUCCAGGAAGGUACUGCAUCAUUAAUCUCACAAGCUGAAGAGCUGAAAUGUUUCACCCGGAUGUUAGAUGACCUGACCUGUUUCUGGGAUGACAGCAUGGAAACAAAUUCCACUUACAAUUUCUUCUAUAGCACUGACCAAAGAAGCCAGAAACCAUGUCAUACAACAUCAUACAUGGUUCUUAGGAAUAUAAUGCGACAUGUUUGUGUUAUACCAACUGAGGACAUUUUGCUCUUUCAACCAUUUGACAUUGAACUAAGUGAAUCAUUUUCCAAUGUGUCUAAAAUCAGACAACUUGUAUCAAUUGAUUCAGUUGUUCUCUUAGACCCACCUUCUAACCUGGCAGUGUAUUUAAAUGGAAAUCCACACCAGCUCCAAAUCAGCUGGAUCCCACCACGAAAUCCAGAUAUAAAUGAAUUUCUAUUAUAUGAGAUUAGCUAUUGGAAAGAUAAAUCUGGCUCUUCCACAGAAAAGAGAGAGACUGUUAAUGCCAAACAACAGCAUGAUCUUCAAGGCCUAAAGGCUGGAAUCAGAUACAUGGUCCGUCUGCGCACCAAACCUGAUGGUAUUUCAUUUGAUGGCUACUGGAGUGCCUGGUCAGAAACAGUAUCAGCUGUAACUCCCUAUUCUUCAGAUGAAAUACAUUUACGCUGUUCAACCUCUGAUCUCCAGUACAUAACCUGUCAGUGGAAAGUGAAUAAUACUGUGCCUGGUGCUCUUUAUACUUUGUACUACCAGACAAGGAAGGUGGAAUGGAAAAAAUGUAGCAAUCAGAGAAAUGCCACCACAAGUGAUGCUAUCACAUAUCGCUGCACAAUUGCAACAUCAGAAGUUAAUAAGACUGUUAUUAUCAUUAAUGCAUCCUACCCAGAUCACACACAGACGUUUUAUAAAAAGCCCUUCAGGACUGAAAAUGUUGUUCGGCCUGAUCCCCCAAGAAUUGUAAAGAUUGAUAUCAACACAACUGGUGGGAAACUUCGUCUGUUUUGGGAGCCACCAAUCAGGAAAUUCCUGGGACAAAUGAUUUAUCAGAUCAGAUACUCUGGGGAAAAUGGCACAGACUGGAAGACACUACUUAUCCAGAAGCCAUUGCACAGUGAGGUUUUGGAUCUUCCGCACAGUAAAACAUAUUACAUGCAACUUAGAGCUAAACCCAAUGGAGUGACAUACAGAGGUUACUGGAGCAGCUGGUCAGACACCUUCACUGCUACAAUCCCAGGUUCCAUGAAUCCGACAGCAGUGUCUCUUGUUGUUGGUGUCACACUCCUAUUGGUGAUAGCACUUUUUGUGUCCCAUCUCAUCUUUCCAAAUGUCUACAGUGAUGUGAAGAACAAGCUCUGGCCACAGAUUCCAAACAUGGAACGGCUCCUGGAAGGAUAUCUCACUGAUUUUCAGAAAUAUUCCCAGCCUUUGCAGCCUGCCUGUGACAAAGUUGUUGAUGAUGAGAUCCUGCCUCCAGUUCUGGAAAUCAUUUCCGAGAUAAAUGAAAGUGAGAACAUAAAAUGUGUUGAAAUGCAUGAGGAUGUCUGUCAGAAACACCACUUCAGUGAAUCCUCCAACAUCAAUCAACACAGAGGAAUGCCAAAUCAUGAAACUGAAAAUUCCAACACCCCUAGUCAGAAUUAUAUCAUUUUAGAUUUGCAAGAUACAUCAUCUCUUCCUGGGGAAAAUGGCAACUGUCACAAGAGAGAUGGAUCUAGCUCAUUGCAGAAUUCUCAGCCCCAAAUGUGUCCUCUGAUCUCUGACACAAAGAAUCAUAAAGGAGUCAUCCAAAAUGACAUCAACGGGAAUAAACAGUUCUCGUCAGUGCAGUUGGUUAACAUCAAUAGCAUGAAGCAACAAUAUCCGACAUCGUUAGACAGUUAUGAUGACAUGUUCCAUCUCUUUGGUUGCUUGAAUUUCCCAACAACUUUUGAUUAUCGAUCAAUGAGUGCAACAGACAUUUCAAACCAUUCGUAUCUCCUGCUUCCUGAUUUGGACCCACAUAUUUUCUCACAACAGCUCUCAUUGGCCAAAGAAUAAAGCUAUCCACUCAGGUGUACAGUAGUGCUCAAUGAAGACAUAUGUAAUCAAAUAGAUCACUUGUGCUCAUCUUUGUGGCUCCUUUAACUACAGUUGCAAACUCCAGUAAUUUCUUUGAAUGCUUAUCUCAUUGUACCAAUAAUGUAGUAAGACUUCACUAAGCUUCUUCAUUGUUAAUUAAAAAACCAUUCUUCCACCUCACUGGUACACAGCAAAGUAGAUUUCUGAAAAUGAGUUGGAACCGGGCAUUUGUACACUAAUUUCUCUGUGUACACCUGUUAUGAUAGAAACAAUGGCAUUACUUGGCAUUGAUUUCACACUAAGCAAUGAAUUUUGAAGACAGCUACAAGAUAUUAUGACAUGUAAUGUUCCAGUAUAAAGAUAUCUGCCUUGCCUUCAGUCAUUCUUUCAGAGCAAUACAGUCAGCGUUGAGUGUUUGUUCAGUCAGUUAUGUCUAUGUAAUGUACAGUAACAUCAGUAAACACAGGACCAAGAGUAUGCAUAAGUCUGUGAUAUUAUAGCAAUGUAAAUACUUAGUAUUCUAAUAAACUUCA